AUGAGGGCAAAAACCCUGGUUCAGAUCGAAACCAUCAACAAUAUUCGUUUGAUCGGAAUCAAUCGUCCAGAGAAGAAGAAUUGUGUCAACAGCCGAACCGCCGAUCUGCUCCUAGAAGCUUUCGAGGAGUUCGACAGAGAUUCGUCUGUGAACGUGGCUGUUCUCUACGGUAUCGGAGGGACAUUCUGCGCAGGUUACGACUUGGAGGAAGCGUCGAGGGCGGACCAGAAGCUUAUGGAAAAAUUCAAAACUCGUCGUCCCAUGGGUCCUAGCGGAAUGUUGACCUCGAAGCCGACAGUAGCAGCUGUCCAAGGUUUUGCGGUGGCUGGAGGUUUGGAGCUUGCUCUCUGGUGUGACUUGCGAGUCAUGGAAGAAACAGCCGUCGUUGGCGUUUACUGUCGAAGGUUCGGCAUCCCUCUGAUCGAUGGGGGCACGGUGCGUUUGCCGAAGCUGAUCGGUUUGAGCAGAGCGAUGGACUUGAUUUUGACAGGACGACCGGUUGAUGCGCAAGAAGCUCUGCAAAUGGGUUUGGCCAACCGCGUUGUGAGCUGCGGGACGGGACUUGGCCAGGCAGUCGACUUGGCCCACCGUAUCGCGAGAUUCCCACAAGAAUGCGUGAAAGCAGACAGAAUGAGUGCUUACCAUAGCACUUUCGACGCGGCAAACAUGCAAGAAGCCCUAGACUACGAAUUUGAACACGGGAGCAAGAUUCUCGACACAGAAAGCAAGACAGGUGCGAAACGUUUCUUGGAGGGAUACGGGAGACAUGGGAGCUUCAAUAUGGUUAAUCCGGUCAAAUCCUGA